AUGGAACCAAGAUCAAGAGAAACUACUCCUACAAAAGAGGAUUUGGAUUUUAUAGUUGAUGAUGGUUAUAGACAUGAUGAGGAUCCAGAUUAUAUUCCAGAUGAAAAAUAUCUUGUUAGUGGAAAAGAGUUUAAAAAGUUAACCCGAAAUGCUAAAAAACUCGGUGCUGAAUCGCUUGAUUAUUCAACACGCAAAAAUAACAAAUACAUGGUUACACUUCCAAGAGGAAAAAAAGUUCAUUUUGGAUCGACAAAAUAUGCCGAUUAUCUUACUCACAAAGACAAAGAUAGAAGAGAUAAAUAUCUUAGUCAUGCUACAAAGAUUAAAAAUAAACAGGGGGAGUUAACUUAUAAUAAUCCUGAAUCGGCUAACUUCUGGUCCGUUCAUUUACUUUGGCCUAAAAAAUGAUUUAAAAGAAUAAAAAAAAAUAUAAUAAAAAUGAGUUCAAAUGGUAAUGAUGGUUUAACUAGUUCAUCUAAUGAAAUUUCUUUUGCUAGUAAAUAUUAUGUUAAUGACGAUAAUAAUUUUAAGAAAGAACUUAUAAACGUUUUAGAAGAAGGAUUAAAAGAUUUUUUUAAAAAUGACGCGCAAAAAAGUUUUAAUUGACGAAAAGAAAUAUUAUAUUCAUCCUAUUUUUUUCCAAAUAUGCUGCUUCAAAAGAAGGUGAAAUUUUAACUGUAAAAACUGGAAGAAUUAAAAAAAAAAAUUGACUUAUCAGGGUUACUAUCAGUUUAAAAUCAGCGAUAAAAAUCUAAUUAAACCAAAGAGUUACCUUAUACACAGGUUUGAAUGGGAAUGUAUUAAAGGAGUAAUACCAGAAGGAUUUGUUAUUGAUCAUAUUGAUUCUGUUAGAACGAAUAAUAAAAUUGAAAAUUUACAAUUACUAACUUUAGCAGAAAAUGUGAGAAAAGGAAAUAGUAAACCUAUUGUAUCAUUUAAAAUCAAAAACAACAAACAAAAAAAAUAUGAAAGUAUUUCUUCUGCUUCAGUUGAAUUAGAUAUUUCCUUUUCAAUUAUUUCUAAUAUUUGUCGAAAAGUAAAAUAUUGUAAAACAGUUAUUUCAAAAAAAGACGGUGAUAGAUACACAUUUAAAUUUUUAGAAAAAAAUGCUUAAAUAUUUAAUUAAAAUAAAGAAAAAUGUUUCUUGAUGAUUAUUUUAUCAUUGAUAAAUUAGCUAAAAAAGUAAAGGAAACAAAAGAAACUAAUGAUUUAAAAAAACAGAAAAUUUUGAAAGGUUUUAGUAGACUUUUAUCGAUAUUUAAAAAUAUUUAUUUUAUAAUGAAAGACUACGAAGAUAGCGAGGAGUUUAAUGAAAUAAAACCAUUUUAUUCAUAUAUAGCUCAAAUUUUGUGUAAUUAUUUAGAAAAUUAUAUCGAAGGUAAAAAGUUCGAUUUAGACAAAAUAAAAUCUAUUUCAGAUUCAUUAGCAUAUAUAUAUGCUAUUUUUGGUUUUACUUUAUUUGACGGAAAAACCUUUUUAAUGUUAGAUAAAUGUUUCAUGGAAGAAGAGGAAAAUAAUAAAAUUUUAGAAAUUCCUUUACCAAUUACAAAAACAGAUGAGUGGUAUAAUGAUUUAAGGAAUAAAAAUUUAUAAUCAAAAAUGCAGUUGUCCAGCUACGAAAAUCUUACCAAAGAGGCCAAAGAAUUUAAAGUCAAAGAUAGUAAGAUUAAAUACAAGCGUAUCCCAAUUGAAAUCAAAUAUUCGAAUGGAAAGAAAGGACCGCUUGUAAUCGAAACCCCAUUUCUUUUUAGUUUUGGUGUUAGUGAAAAGAAAAAUCAAGAAACAAAAAAGUUAGUAGGUUAUAGUAUUCCAGUAUGUCUUUGGGCUAAAGAUAGCGAACCAAGUAAGAAAGAAAAAGCAUUUUUGGAUGUUAUUAAUAACUUAACAUCUUUAUCUCAACAACAUUUAGAGAAUGAAUACCGAGCAGAUUUAGCUUCAACUCGAACUUCUGUUUUAUAUUACAAACAGGAAGAAUACACUGAUAAAAAAGGAAAGAAGAAAACAAGAAUUGAUCCCUCAUCCGCACCAGUUUUUUAUGCGAAACUUAUUUACUCAGAAAAAUCAAAUAAAAUUUUAUCUUUGUUUAAGGGAAAGGGAGGUAAAGAUUUAAAUCCUUUUAAAUAUAUUGAUCAGUAUUGUAAUGUUAAAUUGGCUCUAAUAAUUGAAGGAAUCUUCAUAAGUAAAACUGUAACAUCUUUACAAAUAAAAGUACAUGAGUGCUAUGUCAAACCACUCAAACCUAGAGAGUCUUUACUAACAAUUGAAGAGGAAGAUGAAGAGCAAAGCGAUAUUGAAGAGAUAACUGAUCAAGUAGUCGAAGACUUAGUUAUCUAUGAUGAAGAAAACGAGUAA